AUGACUAUCAAGGCACCCUUUGAGGCUUAUGGCCUCACCAGUCUCGACCAUACUGUUCCUCCCUGCUAUGUGCGUUUUGCCCUGAUAUUUCCCGUGUCGAACGUCGCUUCAGCAGUAGAAUCCCUGCAACAUGGGGCUGCUCUCUUAGCCUCUGAACUCCCAGUCGUGACCGGAUGCGUCGCACCUGUUUGGACCCCCGGUGCAAGAAAAGGCGCUAUGCAGGUUGUGCCACCGAGUCAUCGGGAGAACGCCGAUGCCAGUAUACUAAACGUGAAGCACCACAAAGUGUCCUACCACGCGCGAUCCACUAUGACUGAAGAGCAAUACCUGCCUCUUGCUCUCUUUGCCGAUCCGCACACCCCGGCGCCAAUCCUUCGUCUACAGGCAAACGCAAUGACAGACGGGAUUAUUCUUGGGGUUGCCUUCCACCAUCGGGCUAUGGAUGCCACGGGAGCGGGAGUCCUCAUACGCGACUUGGCGAGAUGUUGUACUCGGGCCGGAGGCAGCAGCCCCCAAACCACAGGGGAAUUAGAGACGAGCCCUGGGGCACAAAUCGACGGACGGGCGCUUCUGAGCGCUAGUGGCCUGGGCCGAUCUGUUCUGCUUCCGAGCAUAGACCACAGCGCUGAGUAUCCGGUGGUUGCGCCUCCGGAUGAGAACACUAUACGUGCUAUGCAACAAGCCGCACGGUCCCUGACGAUGAAGCGUUUCCUGCUCCCUGCCGAAAAGUUGGAGUCGCUUGCCAAUGCAUGCAAUGGCUGGCUUCGGGAAUCAUCCGAGAACUUGGAGCAGCCAUGGGUAUCUAAAAAUGAUGUCUUGGUCUCCUUCUUUUGGAUGUGUUUCAUACGUGCCCAGCAGGAUAGGUCUAACGAAAGAACGACCACCGUCCUACCCGUGUCUGGGAUGAUCUGCAUGGCAGUCAAUAUUCGUGGCCGAACGACUCCGUCCAUCCCCGCGACCUACAUUGGAAACGCUCUUGUCCCGCUCCGGAGAAGCAUCAGAAUGGAUGUCGUGCCGGACGACCAGUCGAGCAUUAUACAGACUCUGUCCCGUGUAGCAUACGCUGUCCGCAAGAAACUCCGUUCCAUCGACGACACAUUCAUUCGGAACGUCGUCGCCUAUCUUGAGGGCGUCUCGGAUUUUUCCGCCCUUGGUGUCGGUCAAAGUAAUUUCAACGUGAGCAGUUGGCGUGACACGGGCAUCGGCACGGCCGAUUUUGGCCAUGAUUUAGGCAAGCCGGUCGACAUGGUGUUCCCCGAGGCGAUAGGUGAUGGGCAACUAUUUAUAUUGCCCAAACGACACCAGGACAAUGCUUGGGAGGUGCAGAUGUCGCUGCAGCAAGACGCGAUGGAACGGCUUUGUGCGGAUGAGAUUUUUGCAUCAUACACAUGCCGUCCAAAGCAACCAUAA